AUGGAUGCCGCGUGCAAGUGGCGGAGCUUGCCCAGCGCUCCCAGCCUCAAGCACCUCACGGCGCCGGACUACGGGCGGCCCAGGGAGAACCAGCGGGCGGCCCUGCAGGACCUGUCGCGGGCGCACAUCGAGUCUUUCAACUUUGCCGUGGGCGAUGGGCUGCUCCAAGCUGUGCAGGCUGUUCCACCCUUGGAGUUUGCGUUUAAGAAUGAUCGGAUCACUCUGGCCAUUACGGGAGCCGUCAUCAGCCCUCCCAUGGUACCCAAAGGCACUAUUUGUAAAGAGCUGAAAGUUUAUCCGGCAGAAUGCCGGGGACGCAGAAGCACCUACCGUGGGAAACUUACCGCUGAUAUCAGCUGGUCAGUGAAUGGCAUCCCUAAGGGGAUCAUUAAACAGUCCCUCGGAAAUAUUCCAAUUAUGGUGAAGUCCAACCUUUGUAAUCUCCAUGGCCUUUCUCCCAAGGCACUGAUCAGACACCAUGAGGAGGAAGAGGAAAUGGGAGGCUAUUUCAUCAUUAAUGGAAUAGAAAAAGUGAUCAGGAUGGUGAUUAUGCCGAGGCGCAACUUUCCCCUUGCGAUGAUCAAACCAAAAUGGAAAUCUAGAGGCCCUGGCUACACACAAUAUGGAGUUUCGAUGCACUGCGUUAGAGAGGAGCACACGGCUGUCAACAUGACCCUACACUACCUUGAAAAUGGCACCGUGAUGGUGAACUUCAUCCAUCAGAAAGAGCUGUUCUUCCUCCCGCUGGGAUUUGUACUGAAGGCAUUAGUUAGUUACUCAGAUUUCCAGAUUUUUCAGGAGUUGACUAAAGGGAAAGAAGAUGAUACUUUCUAUAAGAACUGUGUAUCUCAAAUGCUGAGGCUGGUAGGAGAGGAUGGCUGCAUGACACAGAAACAGGUCCUGAUCUUCCUAGGGCAGCGCUUCCGAGUGAAACUGAAUCUUCCAGACUGGCACCCCAGCGAACAAGUUGGAGAGUUCCUGCUCAAGCAGUGCAUCUGCAUCCAUCUGAAAACCAAAGUGGAGAAGUUCUAUUUGCUUUGUCUCAUGACCCGGAAGCUCUUUACUAUAGCCAAAGAAGGCUGCAUGGAGGAGAAUCCCGACAGCUUGAUGAAUCAAGAGGUGCUCACCUCCGGCCAACUUUACCUCAUGUUUUUAAAGGAGAAGAUGGAAAUGUGGCUACAGUCUGUUAAAUUCGCCUUCGACAAGAAAGCCCAGAAGUCGCAUCUAACGAUUAAUUCAGAAAGCAUGAUGAAGGUCCUCAGCAUGGGAACGGAUCUUACCAGAGUGUUUGAAUAUCUCCUUGCUACUGGUAACCUGCGCUCUAAAUCAGGUCUGGGCAUGCUGCAGGGAUCUGGCCUGUGUGUGAUAGCAGACAAGCUGAACUUCAUUCGCUACCUCUCGCACUUCCGCUGCGUGCACAGAGGGGCUGACUUUCUCAAGAUGAGGACCACAACGGUGCGCAAGCUGCUGCCCGAGUCCUGGGGCUUCCUUUGCCCCGUCCACACGCCAGAUGGCGAGCCCUGUGGCCUGAUGAACCACAUGACGGCCCCGUGUGAAAUCGUGACAAAGUCUUCGCCCACGGCCUCCCUGCCCUCCUUGCUUUGCUCUUUAGGUGUCGCUCCAGCUGACGGUGUGCCCAGCCAACCCUAUGCUGAAUGUUACCCAGUGACAUUAGAUGGCUCUCUGGUGGGCUGGAUAGAGAAGGAUCAGGCUCCUGGCCUUGUGGAGACGCUCAGGCACUUCAAGGCAAUGCAAGAAAAGAAAGUCCCAGUUUGGACAGAGGUGGUCCUGAUCCCUAUGACAGGCAAACCCAGCCUCUACCCAGGGCUCUACAUUUUCACUACCCCUUGUAGGAUGAUGCGUCCCGUACGAAACCUGGUGCUGGGGAAAGAAGAAUGGAUUGGCACAAUGGAACAGGUCUUCAUGAACAUCGCUGUGUCCGAGGAUGAAAUCGAACCUGGGCUGACCACGCACCAGGAGCUCUUUCCCCAUGGCAUGUUAAGCGUGGUGGCAAGUUUCAUUCCCUUCUCGGAUCACAACCAGAGUCCCAGGAACAUGUACCAGUGUCAGAUGGGUAAGCAAACGAUGGGAUUUCCUCUUCUAACCUUUCCAUACCGGUCAGAUGACAAACUCUACCGGCUCCAGACUCCUCAAAGCCCGUUGGUCCGGCCAUCCAUGUAUGAUCAUUACGGCAUAGACUCUUACCCGAUUGGUACAAAUGCAGUCGUCGCUGUGAUCUCCUAUAGUGGCUAUGACAUGGAAGAUGCGAUGAUCUUGAACAAGUCUUCCUGGGAGAGAGGCUUUGGACAUGGGAGCAUCUACAAGACAGAACGUAUCGACCUUGCGGAAAGAAUCAAGCAAGGCCAGGACAAUCUGGUGUUUGGGAUUGGUCGCGAUAGCUUGGCAACGUUGUCGAAUUUGGAUGCUGACGGCCUGCCCCAUAUCGGAGCCAAACUUCAGUAUGGAGACCCUUACUAUAGCUAUCUGAAUCUCAGCACCGGGGAAAGCUUUGUGAUUUACCACAAGAAUAAAGAAAUCUGUGUUGUGGACAACAUCAAAGUCUGCAGUAAUGACACCGGAAGUGGCUAUUUCAGGUGUGUGUGCAUCACCCUGAGAAUCCCCCGGAACCCGACGAUCGGGGACAAAUUCGCCAGCCGUCACGGACAGAAAGGCAUCUUGAGCCGGCUGUGGCCCACGGAGGACAUGCCGUUCACCGAAAGCGGAAUGGUGCCGGACAUCCUCUUCAACCCUCACGGCUUCCCUUCCCGGAUGACCAUCGGCAUGUUGAUCGAAAGCAUGGCGGGGAAGUCAGCAGCCACGCACGGGCUGUGCCACGACGCCACCCCCUUCACCUUUUCCGAGGAGAACGCCGCCGUGGAGUACUUCGGCAAGCUGCUGAAAGCUGCCGGCUACAAUCACUACGGGACGGAGCGCAUGUACAGCGGCGUUUCGGGAGUGGAGCUCGAGGCGGACAUUUUCAUUGGCGUGGUGUACUACCAGCGCCUCAGGCACAUGGUCUCCGACAAGUUCCAGGUGAGGACGACGGGGGCCAGAGACAAAGUCACCAACCAGCCCAUAGGAGGGAGGAACGUCCAGGGCGGCAUCCGCUUUGGCGAGAUGGAACGGGACGCUUUGCUGGCUCACGGGACGUCCUUCCUGCUGCACGACCGCCUCUUCAACUGUUCCGACCGCUCGGUGGCCCACGUGUGCGUCCAGUGCGGCAGUCUGCUCUCGCCUCUGCUGAAACCUCCCCCCACGUGGUCCACCACUCGCCUCCGGCAGCACAUCUGUGCCGUUUGUGACCGGAGCGACACCAUCGAAACCAUCGCCGUCCCGUACGUCUUCCGCUGUUUCGUGGCGGAAUUGGCUGCCAUUAACGUAAAAGUCAAACUGGACGUGAACUAGGUCUGAAUCACUUUUUUCUCCGCUUAUGCUGGGGUUUUUCAACUGUGGUGACUGAUCCUGACCACGGAGGCCCCAGAGAGGCUUAAAGAUGGACGUUAAGAAGACAAUCCGAAGUCUUUGCAAAAGAAAAGAGACACCUGCCUUUCUACCUCGUGUACUGUUCCACUAUUAAAACAGUUGCUUGUGUUGCUUAAUCAGAAAACGAGUCUUCUGCAAGUCUUCAGGCAGUCCUGAAAGGUGAUGUCGGUAGAAAUGUUUUAACAGAAACAUUUCUCUAUCGGACUACUUGAUUGAAGCCGCUGCCUUGAACAGGAGGAAUCUUAGCAUAGAUAAAAGCAAGCGUUCUGCUGUGGUUUUCCAACAUGAUGAAUGACAAAAGAGCAGGCUCUCAUGGUGCUGUCUCCUUGCAUCCUGAUAGGAGAAGGCCACACUAGUUAAAUCACCUUGAUCUCCCCACAAAUCCCCUCUUCUCCCCUGCCCCCAGAACUGUUCUGGAAGGUUCCCCAGGCCUUUGCAGCAGAUCUAGGAAUUGCAGGGAGGGAGGGGAAAUCCAUUUUGUCAGUGGUUUCCAUUUUGCUGGUGGAUGGCCAGUGUUAAAUAUAACCCACCGUCUGCCCCAUUACUAUUUUUUUCAAGUCAGUUUAACACCAGUUGUGCCAUUCCAGAGCUGCAUACUAAUGUGCAAUAAUUGUAGAUCCACCUCGCUACCAUCACCAAAGAGUGGCUCCUUAUUUUCUUCCGAGUAGGUUUCUGUGGAAGGACUAAAUGUGGAGUGGGGUGGGGUUAGGCAAAGUCUGGUUUGUUUGUUUUUCAUCCAUUGUCACCUCUCUGAGAUUGCUUGCACCAAGUGUGUGGAACUUGAAUGUUGACUUCUGGUUGGUAUUAAUUCCAUCCGUUAAAUGACUAUUUUGGUUUUUGGUUUUGUUUUGCUGCUUGUUAAAAUGUUAAAACGUUGAUGAAAUGCUGCCAUUUUUGGGCUGUGAAUUGAUAGAGAAAGCUUUGUUUGCGUUCUGUGAAACAAGUGACGUCUUUAAAAUAAAAUAAAAUCUAAAGUUAACACUUAUGCA